GAGGAGCCGGAGGAGGAGCCCGAGCCCGCGCCCUCGCCCUCGCCCAGCCCCGGGGCGAGGUUGCCCUGCUGUUGACCCGCCCGAUGGGCGCGCCCCCUCCGCAUCACACAAGGGGGCAGCGCGCCCACUCGCUCUGCCCUAGAGCCCGCCUGCCUUCCAGCCUGGGCUCCGCCGAGUCAAAGCGCGGAUCAGGUUCCCUGCCUCCAGUAUAAAAAUCUAGGCGAGAAGGCUCUGGCGGGACAGAGAGCCGGGUGUGAGGUGGCGGCAGGCAAGCCCGUCCGUGGGGAAGCGUAGGGACGCGCGCCGGCAGGACCAGCUGCUGCUCACCGGGGACCGUCGCGGCUCGCCCCUUCCAGCUGCAGAAGAGCUUUUUGCCGCCUCAAAAUGCAACAGCAACAACUGCAACGUCAAAUGUUCAAAGCUGCCUUCCUGGCACUCAUUUUCCUUCUGGCAGUUGUGAGUACCACUGAGGCUGGCAAGAAAGAGAAACCAGAGAAAAAGGCAAAGAAGUCUGACUGUGGGGAAUGGCAGUGGAGUGUCUGCGUGCCCACCAGUGGUGAUUGCGGCCUGGGGACUCGCGAGGGCACUCGCACUGGAGCUGAGUGCAAACAAACCACCAAGACCCAGAAGUGUAAGAUUCCCUGCAACUGGAAGAAGCAAUUUGGAGCGGAGUGCAAAUACCAGUUCCAGGCCUGGGGAGAAUGUGACUUGAACACGGCCUUGAAGACUCGGACCGGGAACCUAAAGAGAGCCCUUCAUAACGCUGACUGCCAGAAGACUGUCACAAUCUCAAAGCCGUGUGGGAAGCUUACCAAACCCAAACCUCAAGAAUCCAAGAAGAAGAAAAAGGAAGGCAAGAAACAAGAGAAGAUGUUGGAUUAAUGGAGUCAACUUGGGCAAUGUGAGAAAGGGACAUCAGCAAACAUGAUCAUUUAAUAGUUUCAUUUAUAUCUAGGCAUUUUAUCCUAAAAUUAUUUACAGCUUAAUGGUACUAUAGAAGGAAAAAAGCAAACACAGAAAAAAAAAAUCCUUUUUUUUUUAUUACUUUAGUGUUUUUAAUGUAUAACCCGAACAGCAAUUUUUAGAGGCCUCUAAUUAAGAACUCCAAACUCAUUUGGAAAAUUAUGUCUAUUGUAUGUUGAACAACGUUGAAGUUUUAAAUUUUUUUUUUCUCAAGUCUUGCUAUAGGUCUCAAUCUUGUAAUUAGUCCAUGCAAGCAGAACCUGAGCCUGUGUGGAGCUCUGCUGAAGCCAGUGGUACCCUGUGUGAACACAACACUCUGGCUGGAUGCAUUUAUAUUUAAGAUUGGGACUUUAAAUCUGAAAAAUUGAGGCCUGUUUUUUAAUUUCUGAUUACAUCUGCAUAACUGUGAAUUUUUUUUGUUUAAGGAAAAGAUGGGGGCAUUUUGUUGAAUAUUUACAAGUAUGGGAUUUUCUUGGAUGUGUGCUUAAUGUUCAUUCCAAAAUGUCACCAUCUGCAGG